ACAGUCCAGUAGUCUGAUAGUAUCCACAGUUAGUCAUUUUGCGAUGUUGAAGGAUUAUUAGAAACAGACUGACAGAGUGGGCCAAAUCCAAAUGGUAGGCUACCAGUAUUUCAGUAUUGAUAUAAGACUAUAACUAAGAUACUGAUAGUUUCUGAGUUUAGUUAGACUUUGAUUAUCCCUGUAUCUGCUCAUAAAAAGACAUAAAUUAAUGUGUGGACUUUGGACUCUUUUUGAUAUUUGACUGAUUGAAACGAUUAUUUUUACUGCGAGUUCUGAUAAUCAGAUAAUAGUCAUAGUUCAGUAGUUACAAAUACCUGACAAUGUUCUCAGCAUCAGUUGGACCGAUGAAUAAGGAACAACAAGAAAACUCUAAGAUGGAGGAAUCAGACAUUCCAGACUACAAUGGUAGCAGUAAGAGAGGUCCAGCAUCACCCAGAGCACGUACUGUUAAUUUAACAAAACUUGUUCAGGAAAAAAUUCUUGAGCCUGGCCAGGGAGUGUUGACGAUUGAUUAUCUUGGUCAAAAAUAUAUGGCUGAUCUUUUAGACAAUGGAAAAAUAUUAUACGCUGGGAUGCAGUUUGCUUCUCCAAGCUCGUGGGCGAUUUAUGUGAAGAAACAAGUCAACCCCUCUAAAAAAUCGGGAUGUGGAUGGAACUCUGUAAAGUACAGAGGUAAAAAAUUGGAUAUUUUUAAAUCUAUAUACAAUAAGAAAAAAUCGCCGCUGCAAAGUAUUGUGCAAGGUCAAUCACCUGGUCAAUCUACUGAAGAUGAUAACAGCCAGGGUUCUAAUAUCUUCAAUGUAGAUAUGUUAGGAAAUCCACAGAGGUUGCCAAUCAAGUAUUCUAAAUUGAAGGAGUUUAUAGGUGAAAUUGAUCCCAACGUAUUGGUAGAAUGCGUUAAUUUUGAUGAAUAUCCUGGAAACAUGCAGCCAUUUGUUGUUACAAUAUCUACUAAUUGCUUACUUUUAAUUAACUUCCACUGUCACUUGACUACUGGGGAAGUAGUUGGAUAUAUGGGAGGCAAAUGGGAUCCAGAAAAACAAUGCUUGAGCAUAUUGCAAGCAUUUCCUUGCAAAUGUCGCUUAGGUGAUCGAGAGAAUGCUGCUGUUGCUGAAGAGCAAAUUCGUUUGGGAAUGCAAAGUAGAGGUCUUAGUAAGGUAGGAUGGUACCACUCCCAUCCAUCAUGUGCUGCUGAGCCUACAUUGCGUGAUAUUGACUGCCAAAUGCAAUAUCAAAUGAAGUUUAGUGCCAACAAUCCAGUUCUGGCCCUGAUUUGUACCCCUUCCUCUGACCAUUCUGAUCAUAAUACAGAUAGUGUACUCAAUGCUUUUUGGGUAGCACCACCUAUUGAGCAAACAAUAUCUCCUAAUGCUUGUUAUGGCAUUCCAAUGAGAUUUUCAUAUUCAUAUAUUAAAGAUAAUUCAAUUACCCCAGAUUUACACCAAGAAUUGACUUGGUUGGUUGAUUAUUACAAGUUAGCUCCUGAUCUGAUUAGCAUGUCUGCAUUUUGGAAAUCAAAUAUGACCUAUUUGGACCGACUAAAAUUUUCUACUUUACCUCUGCUUCCACAAGAUAAAAAUAAAGGGUAUAUUAUUGAAUUGAUACAAAAACUGAUUAAGACGCCUCAAUAAUUUUUGAAUCAAUGUUUUCAUUCUUCCAUUAUUAAACCAUAUAUCUUUCUACACCAGCAACCCAGCAUCUGACUCUUUUAUAUCAUCUCGUUUUAUAUGUCUGAAAUAUAAUUUGUGCCACUGUAACAAGUUUGCGUUGACGUGGUCUAAUGUAUGUCAUCUUCAACAAGACAAAAUUAUGGUAGACUUCAUAUUGCAUUGCCAUAUUUUGCUUUGAAUUUUUGGCCUCUAAAAUAAAUAAAUUAAAUGUAUUUCCUAUUGAAACAAAUAUCAUCCAUUUGGUACAUGCAUUUGAAAAAUUGAAUUAAUUUUUUUUAAUCUGAGAUCCUUGAAUUUGCUUGUGCCUUGAAUUAAAUUCCAGGAAAUAAUUUAAUCUUUUACGUUAUGAAGCAAUUAAGGAUUUGCACUAUUACUUUUGUUUGAAGAUUUGUUUAUUUAAAUAUAUGAUGAAAUAAAAAUGCUGUAGUUGCCUUGACCCUUUUAACUGCUUUUUUCAAUUUUGUUUGAUCAAUUACUUUUUAAAAUAAUUUGAAACUUGAGAUUUUGUAAAAUUCACCAGACAUUAUGUAAUAAUCGAGCUGUUUCAUUUAUCAUUUCUAAAUCAAUCAAUGUCACUAGUCUUGUGACUCCAUAUAUUCAUGUUAUAUGUAUUAUAUUGUGCUAAUUUCCUGAUCAAUUUUUUGACUUUUUAUAUAAUUACCUGCCCACAUAUAUUUAAUCCAGAUGAAGUUUUCUGUUUCAUUUUGUGAGCUAUAUUGUAAUUUGCUGCUAUAUUUCGAGAAGUUAUUUUAAAUGUAUCACGAUAAGUCGAUAAAGCUGUUUUUAUUUAUUUCAAAGACACUAUUUUGGGGGGUAAACAGAAUGUAUGUAACAAACAAAAAAACAGCCGGUGCUUUCUCAAUGUUCUAUCUGACACUGUUGCAUUUAUUAGGUAUUUAAUGAAUAUAGGCUAAUCUGAACAUUUAGAGUAAAAUGGGCAUAACAUUUAAAUCAUGUUUGUAAUAUUCUAAGCCAGUGUUCUUCAACCUUUUUUACCGUGGUAUACCUUUUACAGUUUUUCAAGAACUUUGUAUACCUCACAAAUACCAAUGUUUAUUUAGGCGCUAAAUAAACAUUAAUUUUCAAUCACAUAUUGUACUGCAAUAUCAUCAUGCAAUCUAAUAGGCUAGUAUCCGCAUGUUGUAAACGUUGUAAAUUUGACUGGCGGCCCUAGAGUCGAUGGGAAUAAUGUUCAACGUAAAUCAAGCCACGUGCAUGGCAGCUGAAAUCACCAACCCAGACAUGUGCUUGCAUUAUUUAUAUAAUUUGUGAUGUAACAAUGUGCUCACGUCGGUUCUUUGCGAAAAUGACAUUUUAUAUUUCAUGUGCGCCGCGUUUGCAUUGUUGUCUACGCUUGAAUAUUUUGUAAUUUAUAAAAUUAGAGUAAAGAAUCCCUGACUUAGGCUGUACACCCUUUGUGUCCCCUUUAUCAGUUGUGUAGGCCUACCCAACUUAUGGUCCGGUAUACACAUGGGUAUACUGUAUACCCGGUUGAAGAGCACUGUUCUAAGCAAAAUCAGCCUUUUAUUUUUACUACAAUCACACCUCAAUUGAGCUUUUUUAUUUUAGUGAUGCAAUUUAUCGCUAGAGAUAUUAACAUCUAUAUUCUGAUUUUUGAAUUAAUUUUUCAUGUGAAAAAUUGUUACAAAAUCAAAUAUUUUUGAAGAGAUUUUUGUAGAUUAUUUUGCAAGUUUUGCAAUGAGUUUUGAUGAUGUUUGGGUUCCUCUAGCUUAAAUAUGAUUUCUUGAAAAAAUAUCAAUACUAUAAAAAUAAGAUUUGACAAUAUUUACUUGUAUUGUAAACAGCAUAUUGAUUUUUGUAUCAGCAGUAUUGUGGCUUAAUGACUUAAUGGUCCUUUAUCUUCACAUGUUUUUCAUAUUUUAUUUUCAAGGUGCACUAUCUCACAUCAUUUUCAAUUUAUUUUUCAUUUGCACACUUUUUGUAACUUGUGAUUUAUUCGGUGCUUCAAUUUUAAAUUAAAUCUCAAUCAACUUCAUUUUCUAUAUCCCAACUUGUUAACACAACCAAGCUUUUUAUUUUAUAAGUAUAAGAUGCUGAUAAGUAUCGCCACUUGCCAGUCUCACACAAUUUCAGUUUGUAACUUUUGUUAUCUGCUAUUUCGAUACUUUUUUUGCAGA